AUGGCCAUCCAGUGUGUUUUGUAUAGGAGUUCUAUUGUUUUCGAGACCGUUCGUGGCAGCGGCGCUUACGGCGACAUUGCCAUCGAUGAUGUCGGAAUAAUAACGGAUGCCUGCGUACGCUUAACCGGCAGAAACACCUCUGCCGAAGGAAGGGUGGAAGUGCUUCACUACGGGGAGUGGGGAACGGUCUGUAACGACCGGUGGGGAGACGAGGAUGCGCAGGUGGUGUGCCGUCAGCUGGGCUACCGUUACGCCCGGCCUGUGUCCUCCCAGCGCUCCUUCGGGCGGGGCGGCGGCCACAUCUGGAUGGACCAGGUGGCCUGUACCGGGAACGAGUCCAGACUGACCGACUGUCCGCACAAUGGAUGGGGGGAUCACGACUGUGCGCACGACGAGGACGCUAGUGUUUCCUGUUAUGAUUCUACAGGUUGCGAUGAGUACCGUGCCUCAGGGCGGACAGCAAGUGGCGUGUACACGGUGUUUUUCUACCCUGACCGGAUCGGAACCUACUGUGACAUGGACACUGCAGAAGGCGGGUGGACAGUGAUCCAGCGGCGGCAGGACGGGUCGGUUCCCUUCAACCGGAACUGGGAGGAGUACAAGCUGGGCUUUGGCGACAAAAAGGGGGAAUUUUGGCUUGGGAACGAGAUCAUCCACCUCCUGACAAACUUUAAAAAACACCAGUUAAGAAUUGACAUGGAGGAUUGGCAAGGCAAUCAACGUUUCGCCCUUUAUAGCACGUUCAGGGUGUCCGGUGAGGCGGACGGUUACCGGCUGCACGUUUCUGGUUAUUCUGGUAACGCGGGAGACUCCAUGACUGGCUCGCACUCCAACAACGGGUACAGGUUCACCACUGUGGACAGGGACAAUGAUGUCUGGCCCAGCCAUUGUUCCCAGCGGUACGGACAAGGCGGCUGGUGGUUUAGGAGCUGCAGCCACUCCUACCUUAACGGCCGUUACCUGGGCAACUGUGGGAGCUCCUGUUCAACCUGGCAAGGUUUGAUGUGGUACAACUGGAGAGGCUCUGAUUACUCCCUUAAAUCUGUGUCUAUGAAAAUCAGACCAUAACCAGAGCAUCUUGGAACAUUUUCUGCGGAAUCUUGCUACACUCAUGUCUGGCAAUACUUACAUGUCAGUUUUCUUUUUCAGCAGCGUUAAUACCUUUAAGGAAAAGUAGAUUAUAAUCAUUUGAUAUAUAUUCAUGCAUUUAACGGUCAAACAAAAGUGCUUUAGCAGAUUGAUGUCUUUUUAUGAGCAGCAUUAAUACCUAAGGAAAAGGAAAAGUAGAUUAUGAUAAUUUGAUACAUACUCAUGGAUUUAAUGCCCACAAACGUGCUUCACCAGAUUGAUGUUUCGGUUCACUAGCAUUUUGCUGUGACGUGUUGGACAAAUUGCAUUGUUUGGGUAAAUUAUAUUAUCAUUCAAAGAAAUGUAGGAAAGUACGGCCACCUGCAUAGGGGGAAGAUUAAGCCAGAAUAAAGGUAAUGUAGCGGAGUCAAUUCGCGUGUUUUGUAGUGAAACAUACAUAAUUUCUAUAAUCAGGCUUCAUUUCCAGCACGACAUUCUGACGCUUGAAGAAAUGUUCCACACUGUAUUGGGCAGCUUAGAAACCUAAUGCAUUUUUUAAAGAAAAGAAAUAGUCUUUUAAUUCUUACAGGUGAAUUGGUCAGCAACAUUCUACAUUAGAUAAAAUGUAUAGUUUACUGCUACUUUCUAAUCUUCUUGUAAGUUACUUUGAGAAUUUAUAGUGUUUUUUGUUUCUAUAUUAUGAUAUACCAUUACUUGAAUUACUCUUACGUACCCCGAGAUGACACAAUGAGGGAGCUACGCGGUAAAUUAGAGAGUAUAUAAAAUUACAGUUCAGCUUUCAAAGAAACAGUCCAGGACUGGAGAAGCUCGCCCUGCAUAACGCCGCUGGGCACUGUCGAACAGCGUAGACUCGGGCCGAACUUGUCUGAACCCCGCCGUUCAUUUUCAAAUGUUACGGUUUGUCAACUUUUAGAGUAUACUACAUUUGUACCAAAAUAUACAAGACACGACUAGACCUAUAGCUGUAUGCAUUUUUCUGUGUCUUCUUAUCAGACAGCACGACGUCAAAGUGUAUUUUUGCGUAAUAUUCUCUGCACGUAUGUUUAAUUGGUCCAAUAUACAAUGAUGAAUGGUUUAAGUUUUAAUCUCAACAUAUGUACGCUUUUAGUGCAGUUGUCUGCAAAUGAUACAUAUAU